AUGACAGGAGUGUGCUGUUGCUGUGCUGCUUUGCGACCUCGCUACAAGCGUCUGGUAGAUAACAUAUUUCCUGAAGAUCCAAAAGAUGGUCUUGUUAAAGCUGAUAUGGAGAAGCUGACUUUCUAUGCGGUUUCUGCACCAGAAAAGCUGGAUCGAAUCGGUGCUUACUUAGCAGAGAGACUGAGCAGAGAUGUUGUCAGACAUCGCUAUGGGUAUGUUUUAAUUGCCAUGGAGGCAUUGGACCAACUUCUAAUGGCUUGCCAUUCUCAAAGCAUAAAACCGUUUGUUGAAAGCUUCCUUCAUAUGGUGGCCAAGCUUCUGGAAUCAGGCGAACCAAAGCUGCAAGUUCUUGGAACUAAUUCUUUUGUCAAAUUUGCCAACAUUGAGGAAGACACACCUUCGUAUCACAGACGCUAUGAUUUCUUUGUGUCUCGAUUCAGUGCCAUGUGUCAUUCAUGUGACCACGAUCCAGAAAUACAAACUGAGAUCCGAAUUGCUGGAAUCAGGGGCAUUCAGGGAGUGGUUCGAAAAACAGUUAAUGAUGAACUUCGAGCAACUAUAUGGGAACCUCAGCACAUGGACAAGAUUGUACCAUCAUUGCUGUUUAAUAUGCAGAAAAUAGAAGAUAUUGACAGCCGAAUAGGCCCUCCAUCCUCUCCUACAGGAGGAGAGAAAGAGGAGAAUCCUGCUCUGCUGGCUGAGAAUUGUUUCAGGGAACUACUGGGACGAGCAACCUAUGGAAAUAUGAAUAAUGCUGUUAGACCAGUUUUUGCGCAUUUAGACCAUCAUAGACUAUGGGAUCCCAACGAAUUUGCUGUUUCCUGUUUCAAAAUCAUCAUGUAUUCUAUACAGGCACAGUAUUCGCAUCAUGUAAUACAAGAAAUCCUUGGACACCUUGAUGCUCGCAAAAGGGACUCACCACGAGUUCGUGCUGGCAUUAUUCAGGUUCUUUUGGAAGCAGUUGCAAUAGCAGCUAAAGGGUCAAUUGGCCCAACAGUUCUGGAGGUUUUUAAUACCUUGUUGAAGCACUUGCGCAUCAGUGUUGACUUUGAGCUGGGGGAUAGGCGCAGCUCAGCCGGAAGUGCCACAUUCAGCACAAGCUCCAAGGAGAGCGAUGAGAGGAUUGUCCAGAAUGCUAUUAUUCAAACAAUUGGGUUUUUUGGAAGCAAUCUCCCAGAUUACCAGAGAUCAGAGAUUAUGAUGUUCAUCAUGGGAAAAGUACCUGUUUUCGGGACAACUUCACAAUCACUGGAUACUAGUCACCUUGGGGAUUUGGGAACUAGGAGGAUUCAGAUCAUGUUAUUGAGAUCAUUACUUAUGGUGACUUCAGGAUACAAAGCAACAACGAUAACUAAUGCACUUCCUCCCCCGUUUCUGGACCCGUUACUGUCUCCUUCACUCAUGGAGGACUCUGAGCUGAGGCAGCUAGUCUUGGAAAUACUGCAUAAUCUCAUUGAUCGGCAUGACAACAGGGCAAAGCUCAGAGGGAUACGAAUAAUACCAGAUGUUUCUGAUCUAAAGAUAAAACGAGACAAAAUUUCAAGGCAAGACGUGAGCUUCAUGAAGAAGCAUGGUCAGCAGUUGUACAGACACAUCUACUUAGGCUGUAAAGAAGAAGACAAUGUCCAAAAAAACUUUGAGCUGCUGUUUACAUCUCUAGCUCUUACCACGAUUGAACUGGCCAACGAAGAAGUGGUUAUUGACCUCAUUCGGUUAGCUAUUGCUUUGCAGGACCUUGCCAUCAUCAAUGAGGAUAAUCUGCCGAUGUUUAAUCGUUGUGGUGUCAUGGCAUUGGUUGCAGCGUAUCUAAACUUUCUGAGUCAGAUGAUCGCAGUUCCUGCCUUUUGUCAGCAUGUCAGCAAGGUCAUUGAAACUAGAAGUCUGGAAGCAGCGUAUUUUCUACCAGAAACAAUUUUCAAAGACAAAUGCAAUCUUCCAAAAUCCUUAGAGAAGCAUGAAAAAAAUUUAUUUUUCCUGACAAACAAGAUUGCAGAAUCAUUAGGAGGCAGUGGAUACAGUGUGGAAAGAUUGUCAGUUCCAUAUGUACCCCAGGUUACAGAUGAAGACAGACUCUCCAGGAGGAAGAGCAUUGUGGACACGGUAUCUAUUCAGGUGGAUAUUCUGCCUGGCAACAACACGGAGGAUAAGAUUGAUAAUACUGAAGAAAUCACCUUUGAAGCUUUGAAGAAAGCAAUUGAUAACAAUGGUCUUGAAGAACAGGAAAAAGAAAAAAGGCGUCUUGUGAUUGAGAAGUUCCAAAAAGCGCCAUUUGAAGAAAUUGCAGCACAAUGUGAAACCAAAGCAAACUUGCUUCAUGAUAGACUUGCACAGAUACUGGAACUCACCAUUCGUCCUCCACCUAGUCCCUCAGGAACGAUGACCAUUACUGCUGGACAUGCUCAUUACCAAUCUGUUCCGGUCUAUGAGAUGAAGUUUCCAGACCUUUGUGUGUAUUAAGUGUCUUCUGAAGUCUGCUGGACAUUAUUUAGAGUAGAGUACAAUAGAAAGAACAAGAUGAGUUUUCAAAUUUUA